AUGUCUCCUGUCCAAGUAAAAAAGAAAAAUACGCCAAUUCCACAAUAUUUUGUAGAAUGCAAAAAAAGUGAGAUUAACAAAUUAAAAGAAGUUUUAAAAAAAUUACCUCAAGAAAGAGACGAUGAUAAAAAAAGAGAAGUCUUAAAGAAGGUUAUAGCAUAUAUGACUUUAGGCAUUGACGUUUCUAAAUUAUUUCCAGAUAUUAUAAUGAUGUCAAGUACAAAUGAUAUAAUCCAAAAAAAAAUGAUUUAUUUAUAUUUAAAUAACUAUGCAGAAACUAAUUCUGAAUUAUCUUUACUUACUAUAAAUACUUUACAAAAAGAUAGUAAGGAUGAAGACCCAAUAAUAAGAGGAUUAGCUUUACGUAGUUUUUGUAACUUAAGAAUAAAUAAUUUAUUUGAAUAUAUUGAAGGUCCUUUAUUUAAUGGAUUAAAAGACAAAAAUCCAUAUGUUAGACGAAUUGCUAUUAUUAGUUGCGUAAAGUUAAUAAAAAUGAAUCCCCAAAUUUCUAUAAAAAAUGAUGUUAUAAAAAUAUUAAAAAAUAUGUUAUUAAAUAAUGAUCCCCAAUGUAUAAUAAAUGCUGUACAUGCUUUAAAUGAAAUAUUGAUUGAUGAAGGUGGAUUAAAAGUAAAUAAAGAAAUUAUUUUUAAUAUGCUAAAUAAGUUAUCAAGUUUUAAUGAAUGGGGUAAAUGUGUGGUUUUAAACAUUGUAAGCACAUAUUUGCCAGAUAAUGAAGAUGAAAUGUAUGAUAUUAUGAAUAUAUUAGAAAAUCACAUAAGAGAUUUUUCUUCAGCCGUAUUUUUAUCAUGCUUAAAAUGUUUUCUAAAUUUCUCUAUGAAUGAUCAGGAUCUACAAAUACAAAUAUUUGAAAGGAUGAAAGAUCCUUUACUAACCUUAAUAUCAACUUCUUCUUGUGAAAUUUCUUAUGUUGUUUUGUUGCAUACUAAUUUAUUAUUACAUGAAGCAAACAAAUUAAAUUAUAAAAUAUUUGAAUAUGAUUUUAAGCAUUUUUUUUUUCGAUUUAAUGAUCUGACAUAUAUAAAAGAUAUUAAAUUAGAUAUUCUUGUAUCUGUAGCAUCAAAGAAUAAUGUAGUUUUAAUAAUUAAUGAAUUAAGUGAAUAUAUUUCAGAUAGCAAUACUGAAAUCGCUCAGAAAUCUAUAUAUUCUAUUGGAUGUAUAGCUUUAAAAAUACCAAAAGCUAUUUCAAAAAUUGUCGAACUGGCGUUAUCAUCCUUCUUACCAAUGAAUUAUUCAUAUAUAAGUAGUGCUACACUAACAAUUUUAGCUAAUAUAUUAAGGAAAUAUGAAGAGUACACAAAAAUAAUUAUUGAUGAAAUUGUAAAAUGUGAUACUAGAUUAAUCGAUAAUGUAGGAAUAACUUCUUAUAUUUGGAUAGUUGGAGAAUAUUGUGAUUACAUAGAAAAUGCCCCAUAUAUUUUAGAAGAAUAUGUUAAUUUGACGAAUUGUUCUUAUUUAUUUAUGUUGGAGUUAUUAACAGCUUGUAUAAAAGUUUUAUAUAAGAGACCUGCUGAAAUGAAAACUAUUGUAGCAUCCUUAUUCGACAAUAUAUUAAAAAAUUAUAAAUAUCCUGAACUAACAGACAAAAUGUAUUUUUACUAUAAAAUGUUAAGUUAUAAUUAUGAAGAAGCUUUUAAUAUAAUUUCUUGUAAAAAGAAACUAGUAAAAAAUUUUUGUGAAUCAAAUGAAAAUACAUUAUUAGAUAAUCUAUAUAAUGAAUUUAACACUUUAUCAGUAUUAUACAAGCAUCCUAUAAAUAAAUUUGUUGAGUAUUCUAAAAUAUCCUUCGGAGGGAUAUACGAUCCUGAAGGAAAUAAUGAUACAGAUAAUUUAAAUGUAAAUUAUAAUUUAGAUGAUAAAAAUUUAGAUAAAAAUUACAAGUCAGAAAAAAAUUGUAAUCUUAACGAUAAUUUAGACAAUGAUAGUAAAAAAGAAAAUAAUAAUUUACUUAAUAUAAAUGAAGAUAUAUUACUAAUUGAUGAUAAAAAUAAUUAUGAAAUUAAUAAAAAAAAUAUCAACAAUAAAAAUAUUGUGCAAGAAAAUCUUAAUACUUGUUCCAGUAGUAACGGUGAUUAUAUGAUUUUAGAUAAAAAUUCAGAUGUACCAAAUAAUAAUUUUCAGGUUAUCACAGAAAAAAAAGAUGAAUAUGGAGUGUCAAACUUAUAUAAUUUUAAAAAGUUAAAAGAAAUUAUAAUUGAUGCUGAUAAUAUAAAUCCAGAGGAGUAUCAAGAACAAUGGAAUCUUUUAUCAGAAAAAAAUAAUGAAAAAAUAUAUUUGAGAAAAAAUUAUCAUAAUUUGAAAUUAGAAACUAUUGAUGAGCUAAUAACAAAAUAUAAUAUAAUAACAUUAGCUUCAGGAGAAAUAGAUCAAUGUUUAAAAUUUUACUUGUAUUCUCAAUUUUAUACAAUGCAUUAUAUAUUUAUUGAACUUAUUUUUGAUAAAACAGAAAACUCCAUUAAUUGGAUACUUAAAUCUAAUUGUGAAAAUAUCAAUCUUAUUGAGCAAUUCACUGAUUGUUUCAGAGAUAUUUUUAUUGAUUAUAUGUAG